AUGUACUCCUACACCCCCACCUCCAAGUUCCUUGUCCUGGCCCCUACCGAGACGGCUCCUCUCUCUGCCUCGACACAGGUUCGUGAGCGCUCCAGCAGCCAGUCCUCUACGGCCAGCGGAACCACCCAGCGCCCUGGAUUCAGUCGUCUCCCCAGCGGCUUCCUCUACCUGGGUGUCGACACUCGCGACGCCGCUUCGCCCAGCAACUAA